GCGCGAAAAUGUCACAUUUGGGCUGCAAGUAGCGGAGCUGGGACACAGCGCGGGAGAAAAUAGCCAAGAACUGGCUGGAUUGGAGCGGAUUUUAACUGUAUUUCGAAUAUUUACAAGUGUAUUUUAAUUUAAACUUUCUUCAGAGCAGAUUCCGGCUGGAGUUAGUCCCGCUUUUUCUCAGGCGGGAGAUUUUAUUUCAGUUUUUAUAUUUUAUAACCUGAAGUUUACAUAAUCGCACCUGAAAUGACCAAAUAUUUAACCAGGUUGAAGGAGCGUGAAAGAUACGUUUACACCUGGGCGGGAAAACCGCUUCAUGUGAAUCGCAAACUGCGGCAUUCAGAUUAUGAAGGUAUUCAGAUAGAAUGCGAAGGAACUUCUAUCAAACAUUGCAUCAACAUUGGAGAUUUUGUUUUUGUCAAAAGUGAUGAUGAGGAUCAACCGUAUGUAGCUAAACUGCUAAAGUUGUUUGAGGAUGGUACCCAACAACAUCUCACCAAGUCUGCAGUGGUCCAGUGGUUUGCUCGUAUUGAUGAAAUACCCAAAACAAAGCAGAAAUUAUUGGGAAGGGAGGCCCACCCCAAGGAGAUCUUCUUGUAUGAAGUCCCUGACUGUGAUGAUCAUAUCAGUGCAGAGACCCUCAUUAAAGCUGUAAAAGUGUUCCAGCUUGAUCCCAAGGAACCAUUUCCUCCCGCUGAAUCUGAUGAUGGUGAUCUGUUUGUGAAAUUAAACUGGGAUGGAAAGAACUUUAACUUCUUACCUAAAAAUACAUUCUCUGACAAGAAAACCAAUGAUGAUGGCCAUCAUAAAAAGUUGGAUUCCUUACCCAUAUGUGUACAAACGGUGUCUGAUGUGAGUUCUGUUCCAAAACACAAUACUGCGAUUGGGAACUGGUGUGAUUCAGAGUUUCACAGUGUUGCCAAUGGAGACACUACAUUGGGCAGAAAUGUUAUGAACCGCAAGUGUAAAAAUGGCAUUGUCAAGAUGGUUGCUGAAGGGAAAUCGAACUAUUGUGGUCAAAAAAACUCCAAUGGUAAGAGGAGUACUCAAAUCACGAACAUGGAAAGUAGCAAAUCCAAAGUUAGGAGGAAGCUUCCGCUUUGUGAUUUCAACAAAACCUCCAAAAGUGAGCUGAGAAAUAUUUUGUCAGAACUGCUCGAUGAUGAUGAUGAUGAUGUUAUUGCUAGGAAGCUUUGUCAUGUGGUGGAACCUGAAGCAAUUAAACACAAAGUGGUUUUUAAUGGUAUUUCAAAUGAUGCUCUUUCACCUGAUAAGAAAUUGCAAAAUAAGACCACUAGAAUUAGUACCCUCUCUCCUCUUAAAACAACCAGAGACAAGAUGAACAAUGAAGGUACCAUUUUGCAAUUAGCACCUAUUGACUUCAAUCCCAAAAUUAAGCAGCAAGACCCUUCGAGCCAAUCCAGAAAGAAUGGUGAAAUAAUUGAUUUUCACAAUUUUGGGCCAAAGAAAAUGGAAAGCAAAAGUAAAAUGGAAAAUGUCCCUGAUAUUUCAAGGUCUUGUAUAAAGUCUGCACAGUGCUGUUCAGAUCUUCUGAAACAGUACUUGAAAGAUGAUCGGGAUGAUGAAGAGUCUAGUGAAGAUGAAUUCCUUCCAGACAACAAACAAAGCAGUGAAAGUAGCAGUGAGGAUGAUUUACCAUUUAAUAGGAAAUCUGCAAAGAAGGUUGUUCCUAAAACAUCGAAGUCCACAGCAAAGAUGACUGUGAAGACUCCAGCCAAGACGCCUGUGUCAAGAACUCCUCAGACUCCAAGGACAUCCUGCCACCCUACGCCAAGUAUUCCUCGGAGGACCCAGCAGGCUAAAACACCUGUCAGUGUGUUGGAAGAGGCCAGAGCAAGAUUACAUGUGUCUGCAGUGCCAGAGUCUCUACCCUGUAGAGAGCAAGAGUUUCAAGACAUCUACAACUUUGUGGAGAGUAAAGUGAUUGAUGGUACCGGAGGGUGUAUGUAUAUUUCUGGGGUGCCAGGCACAGGAAAAACUGCAACAGUGCAUGAGGUGAUGCGGUGUCUACAACAUGCAGCAAAACAGGAUAACCUCCCCUCGUUCCAAUUUAUAGAAAUCAAUGGAAUGAAACUUACAGACCCUCAUCAAUGCUAUGUACAGAUAUUGAAGUCAUUGACAGGACAGAAAGCCACUGCAGACCAUGCUGCUGCAUUGCUUGAGAAGCGGUUUGGUACACCAGCCCCAAAGAGGGAGACCACAGUGCUCUUGGUGGACGAGCUUGAUCUCUUGUGGACCCGGAAACAGAAUGUUAUGUAUAACCUGUUUGAUUGGCCCACGCGAAAGCAGACAAAAUUGGUGGUUCUGGCAGUAGCCAACACAAUGGAUCUGCCAGAGAGGAUCAUGAUGAACCGGGUGGCAAGCAGGCUGGGACUGACCAGAAUGUCCUUCCAGCCGUAUACCUACAAACAGUUGCAGCGAAUCAUUUCCUCGAGACUCAACCGAUUAAAGGCUUUUGAGGAUGAUGCUGUUCAGCUGGUGGGUAGAAAGGUGGCAGCUCUGUCUGGUGAUGCAAGGCGUGCUCUUGACAUUUGCAGGAGAGCUGCUGAAAUAUGUGAAUAUUCAGCAGCUCAGCAAGCUGCAUCCAACCUUGUAGGAAUGCCUCAUGUGGUACAGGCUCUUGAUGAAAUGUUUUCCUCGCCAUACAUUACUGCUAUAAGGAGUGCAUCUGCCCAGGAACAGCUUUUUAUGAGAGCAGUGCUUGCUGAAUUCCAACGCCUUGGUCUAGAAGAAGCAACGUUUCAGCAGAUUUACCAGCAGCAUAUUGGACUAUGCAGAAUAGAAGGUCUGCAGCCUCCAACAAUGUCCCAGACCAUGUUGGUUUGUACAAGACUUGGAGCUUGUCGUCUACUACUUGUUGAAUCUAGUAAAAAUGACCUUCACAUGCGAGUACGAUUGAAUGUUAGCCAAGAUGAUGUCAUGUAUGCCUUAAAAGAGUAAAUUGUUAAAUGGUUAUAAUGUGAUAUGAAGUGUGUAUGUUGCUGUUUUAGACCUAAAAUUCAUAUCUAAUAAUUUUAACUUUACAACUUUUACAAAAACUUCUUGGGACAAGGUUAUUUUAAGCAUUUUGUAUAAUAAAGAAUUCUCAAAUCUGCA